AUGGAGGAUCUUACCACCACCCCCGUCAAAAGACCGCAUUACCGACUCGGCGGACUUUCAGGCUUCAUUCCCUUGAACGAAGAGUCACCGCCUGUCUCCACUCGAGGCCAGCGAUUACCCAGCUUGAUCCAGAGCCGCUCCACCAACUCAUUGUUUACCCUCCCGCGCCGACCCAGGUCAGAGAGAAGAGGCUCAUUCCACAGUCACCAUUCCAACGAAGAUGAAGAGCAUGGACCAUUGGAAGAGCAGGAUAACCUGGCCAGAAAGUGGUCGCAUGUCACUGAGAUCGACGCGAGGCGCAUGUCUUUGGGUCCUGAAAUCCUCCUCACACCCCAAAUGCGCUCCAUGCGCCUCAUUGGAAACAGCAAUCCCAGAUAUCGUUGGCAACGCUACUACAAGACCGAGGAGGAGCUCAAGCAGAUGAGCAAGCCACUUCGCAAAUACUACGAACGGAACAACUUCCUCAUUUCCCAAUACCUAUAUAUCGACCGCUUGUUGGACUCGUCCUUGCCACAUAAUCUGAUCCAGGAGUACAAUGCGGUCGGAUCGAAUGGGUAUCCCCACAAGAUGAACACCAUCACCGAGGAAUCUGCUUCAAACCCUCCCAAUUCUGUCACUCCUACCAGUGCAACAUCCCCGGCUAUUCUACCGCUAGAGGCCAAGCUGAAGAGGACACCCAAAAAUCUGUACAAACUGCCCGACGAAGCCUCUCCAUUGCUGGGAGACAGCGGCAAUGUAUUCGACGACCCCACUGACGAAUCCUUCCCCGACAUUAAAUACGACGAGGACGAAACAAUCGACUCCGACAGUCCGAUUGUGACGGUCGCGAUCUACGUCAACCUGACCGCCAAUAUAUUCCUCCUUGCAGCCAAGAUUGCAGUCAUCGUAAUGACGUCCUCCCUUUCCGUUCUCGCUUCCUUGGUCGAUGCGGCCCUCGAUUUCCUCUCCACGGCCAUCGUCUGGGUGACUACGCGCAUAAUUUCCCAGCAAGAUCAAUAUGCCUACCCAAUCGGUCGUCGCCGCUUGGAGCCUGUCGGCGUCCUGGUAUUCUCCAUCAUUAUGAUAACGUCGUUCUUCCAAGUCCUCCUAUCCUGUUUCAACCGUCUCCUCUCCGAUGACCACACAGUCGUCGAACUCGGCAUCCCUGCGAUCGCCAUCAUGCUCAGCACAGUCAUAAUCAAAGGCUUCUGCUGGUUCUGGUGCCGAUUGGUGAAGAACUCGUCUGUCCAGGCGCUCGCCCAGGACGCUGCAACUGACGUCGUCUUCAAUACUUUUUCCAUCAUCUUCCCCUUGGUGGGCUUCUACCUGCAAGUCUGGUGGCUCGACGCCCUAGGGGGUCUCCUACUCUCAUUAUACGUCAUCUUCAACUGGUCCAAAACCUCCUCCGUGCACGUGCGCAACUUAUGCGGCGCAGCAGCGACAGCCGAUCAACGCAACGUCCUGCUGUAUCUAACCAUGCGCUUCGCCAAGACGAUCAAGCACAUCCAAGGCCUUCAAGCAUACCAUGCCGGCGACAAGCUAAAUGUCGAGGUCGAUAUCGUACUAGACGAAAACAUGAGCCUUCGCGAUAGCCACGAUCUGGGCGAAAGCUUGCAAUAUGUCCUUGAGAGCGUCCCCACCGUGGAUCGAGCCUUUGUACAUGCUGAUUACGCUGAUUGGAAUCUCCCAAGUCAUAUGAACCAACAGGGCUGA